AUGGAGGCUGCCAGGCUUGCAGUGAUACCGCUGGCACUUUUUCUGUGCGGCUGCGCGUGCGCUAGCAACGCCGCUGCAGCCCGUGUAAACGAUGAUCUGCCGCCUGGAGUGAUACGCGGUCCGUUGCUACACGAGCACAGCUUUCAAGAGCCGCUAGUGAACGACUGGUGGGAGGAGGGCGUCCCACAUUACAUGAUUGGCGGGUCGGCGGUCGCCAACGAACGCUUUCUUCGCCUCACCACGAAUGAGCUGGAUGACCACGGGUUUGCCUUCAACACAGCACCACUGGAUCACGACAAUUGGGAGGCUCGCGUGCGCUUCUCCAUUCGGCCACCACCGCCGGCGGCUGACAUGAGCGGUAGUUCCGCCCACUACCAGGGCGGCGACGGCAUGGCCUUUUGGUACCUGGACCAGCCCAUAGGUGACGAUCAUCAGCACGUUGUCAAGUACUCUAAGUCCCUCUCUCCAGAGCUUCGGGACGAGAUGCUGGACGCCGAGAAUCCGUGGCGUGUGGCCGACUUCCUGCUCAACGGUGGCGACGAUGACGACGACGAAGGGGUGGAUGAAGAUGAUCUGACAGUGCAGGAGAUGCAGGAGCGACAGCAGGCAAAGGAGCGCCGCACUGCGAAGAAGAAGAAGCGCGAGGAGCUGUUCAAGCGACUCUUCAAGCGGGGCACCUCUGUCGACGAGUCCGAUAGGGAGCCGCGCAUCAUGGGCGUAAAGUUCUCGGACUUCAAAGGCUUUGGCCUCAUUCUCGACUCCGUAGGAGAUGAAAAGGAGCACCUGGAUGAGCGCCAGCUGGAAGGCGACGCUGUGCAGCAUCACCACCACACCUCCAGCAUCUACCUAUUACUGAACUUGCCGAACCACACAGUCAGCUCAGAGUCGACAGUGGUGAACAACUUUGACCCGACACGCGAAAAUUUCCGCAAGUCGGUGGAUGUGCUGCGGUGCACGUACGACUUCCGUCAGAAGGGCACGAAGCCGUAUGACCCCAAGGCGCAUUUGAUGGACGAGGCCACCAAGGUCACCACUGCCGCCGAGGAACCGCUGGAGCUGAUCGUGCGCUACUACCAAAAGAAGCUGACCGUCAUCAUCCGCCGCGAGGAUGUUGCGAAGCGCGAGGUGUCAUCGGUAGUGGACGAGACGGGCAAGGCGACACAUGAGGUGGAGGUUGUGCGCACGUACACGGAGACCAUGUGCGGUGAGGUGUACCCAAUCCACUUGCCGCUGCGCUACCACUUCGGUUUGUCUGCCAGCACCGGCCACCGACCUGUCAAGGAUCGCAGUCACCGCUCGCUUCGGAGCGUCUUCCACGAGGCAGACAAGGAAACCUUCACUCAUGUCGACGUCCAUGAUGUGUUGAGGUUCGAGCUGCGUGAGCUGGGGCUGAACGCAAAGGCCAUGGGGUAUUCCAAGACGAUCCCGCUAGAGCACUUCGACUUCGAGGCAGACAAGCGCGAGCGGCUGCACUUCUCUCGCCAGAUCCCGGUGAGCCCGGACUCAGACGCCGCAUAA